UCAAUCGUUUCGUCGAAUACUUAGGUCAGUCAGACACGUUUCCUAGGCCUAAAUUUUCAUGUUGGUUUCAAAGUAUAUUUUAAUUUGGGGACGGAAGCAAAGAGAGUUCAUUCAAGUUAACCUUUUCGGACUACUUUCUGUUGUCUCACUUCAUAAAUAUUAAACAAGUUUGCUUAACUUGGAAUUAGUACAUAGUCAUGUAUGUUAAUCAACUUGACUCACUGUCAUGAGGUUGGUAGUUUUUACAGGGUCAGAGUUUUCACGCCAUUUUUUCUUGAAUAUUCAACAGGCCAACACAGCUAUUCAUAUUAUACAUGUAUAUUAUUUCACUAGAGUUAGUUAAUCGUGCCCUUAAUCCGAGUUAGUUCGUCUUAGGUUAUAGUUUAGGAUUUGUUUAGUGUUGUUUGUGAUUGAUUUUCGUCUUAGGUUAUGUUUCGGAUUUGUUUAGUAUUGUUUGUGAAUGAUUGCAUAAAGUCGUACGUUGAACACGGAUAUUCAAAGAUUGCAUGUUGUGUAAGGAACUUUUGCAAUUAUAUAGCCCAGGAUUCUUUUAAUAACCGAGAGUAUGAGCCUUGCACAUGAGCAUGACAGACCUUAUCUGGAAUAUGCGAAGGAGACAACUUCUCUCUGAGACACUUUGAGGACCACAUUCUUGGGGCGUCUUGUAGAACUUUUUGGUGGCAUAUUGAUUGUAUUGGAUUUAACUCAGACUCUUAGUUCCUUGUCUUUUGCUGGUGCAAAAUGGCUACAAAUACCACAGUUGCAAAUGCAUGUCCAGCACCGAUGCAAGCAACAUCUAAUGGGGUCUUUCAGGGUGAUAAUCCUCUGGAUUUUGCUCUCCCUCUUGCCAUCUUACAGAUAUGCCUUGUGGUUGCACUUACACGGAUUCUUGCUUAUCUUCUUCGACCACUAAGACAGCCUCGUGUGAUUGCUGAGAUUGUGGGCGGAAUAUUACUUGGCCCUUCAGCUCUUGGUCGCAACAAAGACUAUCUCGAAGCAAUAUUUCCAAACAGAAGUCUCACAGUGUUGGAUACUUUAGCCAAUCUUGGUCUUCUCUUCUUUCUGUUCCUAGUGGGCUUGGAGUUGGAUCCUAAGUCCCUCCGCCGCACUGGAAAGAAGGCUCUAUGCAUUGCACUUGCAGGAAUUACCCUACCUUUUGUUUUAGGAAUUGGUACAUCAUUUGCCCUCAAGGGAACUAUUUCUAAAGGUGUAGAUGGACCACCAUUUCUUGUUUUCAUGGGAGUGGCUCUUUCUAUAACUGCCUUCCCUGUUUUGGCUCGUAUUUUGGCUGAGCUCAAGCUUUUAACUACUGAUAUUGGCCGAAUGGCCAUGUCAGCAGCAGCGGUCAAUGAUGUGGCUGCGUGGAUUCUUCUUGCUCUUGCCAUUUCCCUCUCCAGCACUGGCCGUUCUCCCCUGGUUUCGCUAUGGGUUCUCUUGUGCGGGUGUGCUUUUGUCCUCAGUUGUGUAUUUUUUAUUCGACCAAUCUUUAAAUGGAUGGCACAGCGCUGUCCCGAGGGUGAACCAGUAGACGAAUUGUAUGUAUGUGCUACUUUAGUUGCAGUUUUGGCAGCUGGGUUUGUCACUGAUACUAUUGGAAUUCAUGCCCUAUUUGGAGCAUUUGUGCUCGGAAUUAUUGUCCCAAAGGAAGGGCCAUUUGCAGGCGCUCUUGUUGAAAAAGUUGAGGAUCUCGUAUCUGGUCUGUUCCUCCCAUUGUAUUUUGUCUCGAGUGGAUUGAAGACUGAUAUAGCUACAAUUCGUGGAGCUCAGUCAUGGGGCCUCCUCGUUUUGGUCAUUUCAACAGCCUGUUUUGGGAAGAUCAUUGGCACAGUAGCUGUUUCCCUCCUCUGCCGAGUGCCGUUUCAAGAGGCUUUGGCACUCGGGUUCCUCAUGAAUACUAAAGGGUUGGUGGAGCUUAUUGUCCUUAACAUCGGUAAAGACAGAAAGGUUUUGAAUGAUCAAACAUUUGCUAUCAUGGUUCUCAUGGCUAUCUUUACAACCUUCGUUACGACGCCUGUAGUAAUGGCAGUAUACAAGCCAGCUAAAAGAAAGAGUAUAUCUGAUUACAAGUACAGAACUAUUGAAAGGAAAGAUCCAAACACUGAGCUCCGGGUUUUGAUCUGUUUCCACGGUACAAGGAACCUCCCCACAAUGAUUAAUCUCAUCGAGGCUUCUCGUGGGACUGAAAAGAAGGAACGUCUUUGUGUCUAUGCAAUGCAUCUUAUGGAGCUUAACGAGAGAUCUUCUGCAAUUCUGAUGGUUCACAAGGCAAGAAGAAAUGGUCUACCCUUUUGGAACAAGGUGAAGGAUUCAGAUAAUAAUCAAGUAGUUGUGGCUUUUGAAACGUUUGAGCAGCUGAGUCGAGUGGCUAUCCGUCCAAUGACAGCAAUCUCUUCCGUUUCUAGCAUGCAUGAGGACAUCUGUGCAAUGGCUGAAAGGAAAGGGGCAUCAAUUAUUAUUCUCCCAUUCCACAAGCACCAGAGGUUGGAUGGAGUAUUGGAGACAACUCGAACUGAAUACAGAGGGGUCAAUCGUAGGGUUCUUGAGCAUGCUCCAUGCUCAGUUGGGAUCAUGGUGGACCGUGGCCUUGGUGGAAGCACCCAUGUAUCUGCCAGCAAUGUUUCUUCAAGCAUAGUUGUCCUAUUCUUCGGGGGUAGUGAUGAUCGUGAGGCCCUUGCUUAUGGAAUGCGAAUGGCUGAGCACCCGGGUAACAGUUUAACUGUCGUCCACUUCUUAGCAAGUCCUGAACUUCAGGGGGAAAUAGUCCAAGUGGAUAUAAACGAGGGCUCCAACACUACAGCAGGGUCAGCGACUGAGAUGUUUCUCGCUGAAUUGAAGCAGAAGAUUUCAAAUAACAGCUCAAUCAAAUAUGAGGAGAGGGCAGUGAGAAAUGCUGCAGAAACUACUGAUUUGAUUCGUGAGUUUAACCGAUGCAAUCUAUUUCUGGUUGGUCGAAGGCCUCAUGGUCAAGUAGCUGCUGCCUUGAAUCUGAAGGGAGACUGUCCGGAGCUGGGGCCUGUAGGUAUCUUGUUAACCUCUCCGGAUUUCACAACUACAGCAUCGGUCUUGGUUAUGCAGCAGUAUCAUGGGCUGGAAGUAGUUCAAGGUUCAGUUGGUUUGUCGAAGGUAGUUGUGUUGCCCAAGGACGAAGAUUCAGAAACCGGCUGAUCAGCUCUCCCUAGCCUGUGUUGGUUUCACUGUACAGAUGGUGAUGAAAAGUAUGGUUAGAUAAAUGUCUCUCUUUCCCUCCAUUUAAACUGCUUGUUUAUGAAAGGUCAUAAUUUUUAGUUGUCAAUUGUCAUAGCUUAUACUUAUGUAUGGAUGGAUCUAUCACCUGUAUAGAUCAUACCUAAU